AUGACAAAGAAAUUAACCCCACAAGAGAAACAAAACCGCAAGCCAGCAUCAAGGGCUUGCACUUUCUGUCAUGGAAAGCAUUUGCAAUGUUCAAACGAGCGGCCUUGUAAAAAUUGUGUCAAGAGGAAUAUAGCAUCAGAGUGUCACGAUAUUGUCCGGAAAAGGGUUAAAUACUUGUCGGCAUCUUCAAAAUCGUCGCCAAAAAAGAAGUCACACCUGUCUUCUGUAUUAUCGACUCCCAACAGCUCAUUCAGUACAUCACCAGCAUCUAUGGUAAACGAGGGCUUCAAAAUGCAACAAACCCAAAGCUCAAAACAUGCGAUUAAUGGACACCUACCAACUAGUGUGCCAACCCCAAUGCCAGUGCAACAAAAGCAAGAAGCCUUAAACCUCCCAAUAGAGGAUCCGAAUAUUAAUCAAAUCAAGGAGAUACUAGAUACUCCUCCGUGUGGCGUGCCGCGAGAUGGAUCGGAUUUCAACAAUGAAUCAAUAGAUCUAAAUAGGACCAACCUGUUGGAAACUGAUCCGUUGUUUCAUACAAAUACCAUGCUAAAUACUACCACGGAUGUUAUAAACAAACUACUUACUGAUCAUUACGAGAUUGACAGUUUAAGCCAACAGUCGAUGGACCCGAUAUCUGAAAUAUCAGGCGCUCCUCAACCCAUCAAUUUAAAUCACAGAAACAACCAAUUUAGCUCCAACUAUCUUAAUGAGGAGUACCUUAUGCUAGGAGACAUUCUAUUAAACUCAAAACCAGCCUCGCCAACCCCUUCAAACACAAGUGCAUCAGAGUACACUAAUGGGCCUACGCCAUCUUUUAUACAAAAUAUCGACUUUGAUAAUAUCAAUGAAUCAAAGAAGAAGGUGGUACAGAAGUUGCGAGAUUCUCGUCCCUUUAUUUCGUUGGGAUACCCGACAGACUCAAGUAUGAGUUUGGAUAAUUUGAACAACAUGGCACAUCAAACUGAUAAUCUUUUGGACAACAAUGUGAGUUCUAGAGGAAGCACCAGUAAACAAACCACAGCUUUCAAUUCUAAUCCAAUUGUGAAUUUUAAAACAAAGUAUCGCACUGACUAUGUUUCGCCCUUGGCAACCCACAAAAUUUACAAGACAGUGUCUGACAUUUACAACAAGGACGUGAUAAAUUUCGAGUACCCCAAUUCCUACCAUGCACUAACUCAUUUUCUCAAGACGAGGUUUCAGGGCAAUGGUUUAGACCCAGAGGAGAAGCAGCGCAAGAGACAAAACUUGCUCAUCAUUUUGAAAUUGAUUGCAAGUUAUAGACCCACGUUUAUUAGCGCACACAAGUCCCUAUUGAAACCACAAGACCUCCUUCUUUUAGAAAUGAGUUUCCAAAGAUGCUUGAUUGACUACGAGAAAUUGAGUCAAUUGAACUCCUCGCCCACCAUUAUAUGGCGUCGAACUGGAGAAAUAGUGAGUAUAACCGAUGAUUUGCUAAGUCUACUUGGUUAUAAACUACUGGAUAUAUUAUCAAAGCGUACUUUCAUCAUGGAAAUGAUGCACGAUGACGAAUCCGUGGUCAAGUAUUUUCAACUAUUUAAAUCUGUGGCGGUGGGAAACCUACAUUCAAGUAUCAGUACUAAAAUAAAGCUCACCAAAAAGGAACCGUAUGUCAAUAAUGCAGCCACUGUGAACACCGAUGGUCAAUUGCAAAAUAAUGUAGGCACUAGCAACUACAUCGAGUUUUGCUCUGUUUGGACGGUCAAGAGAGACCUAUUUGAUAUACCAAUGUUGAUAAUUGGCCAAUUUUUGCCAAUUCUUCCUGCUGGUGAUGGUGUACGAAUGUACUGA